CCUCAAACUCUCACUCUCUCUGUCUCUCGAAACACAAACGGCGCUCGGGCCGCUCCCUCAUCAUACAUCGAUCAAUCCAGUCACCUCGUCCAGUCGUCCAGUCGUCCAGUCGUCCUCGUCGUCGUCCAGUCGUCCAGUCGUCCUGUCGUCCUGUCGUCCAGUCGUCCAGUCGUCCUCGUCGCUCCUGUUGCUCAUCCAGUCGUCCUCGGCUCGAUUGUAAUAGAAGAUCGAAACCCAGACGACCUCCGUCGAAACCCAGACGACCUCCGUCGAAACCCAGACGUCCUCCGGUCUCCGCCUAGGUCACCGUUAAACUCACUCCAACCUUUGAUCGAUUUCUCUCUCGAACCAUUUUUCCCGGAGGCCCCCAAAAAGGCGCGAAAAUGAGCAGAGACUCUCCGGCACCGGCAACUGGACCCGGACCCGGACCCGGACUGGUGAUAUCGACGACGCCACCCAUCCUCUCCUUCCUCGUCUCCGCCUCCACCGACCCACACCUCUCCAAGGACCUCCAGCAAACCGCCUCCAAGCUCUCCUCCAAAUCCAAUGUCCCCUACCGGGCCAUCCGCGCCCUCUGGGUCGCUUCCCGGGCCUCCACCCGGCCCCAAUUGGUCAAGCUCUUCUCCGGUUCCGGGUUCGUCUUCACCAGCCCCAAGCCCAGAGAGAAGAGUGAGGAGCUGAAGGCGAGGCUGAAGGAGCUGGCGGAGAUGUCAGAGAGGAAUGCAUAUGCAGAGCUUGUGAAGGAUAUAACGCCCCGGAAAGAUAGCGCCCCGGAGCCGUUCUCGUCUUACAAGGAUCAAUUGGGCUUUGGUUUACAUGUUGUGGUGACCAUGUUUACCGGCUAUUUGGUUGGAUAUGCUGCAUUCAGAGCAUUGUUUAGCCACAGUCCUGUGAUGAAUGCUGCUGGAGGCAUUCUUGGAUUGGUCAUUGGCAUGCUCGUCGAAACGCUUAUUUUCAUAAUUCAAGCUUCCCGCUACGAUCUUAAAUCAUCCUCUUCCACAUCCAAGCUAAAGAAGGAUCAGUAGAUUUGGUAUUUGAAGGUACUCUGUUGUGCAUAAAGAACUCAACCUUCCCAGUUUUGGAUAUAUUCUUGUACUUCUGAAUGUAGAUCUUGGAGUUGAUUGCCAGUUGCUAGACUUCAUGGGCGUCCAUUAGGAUUAAUUGAGUUUCAUUACAUUGAGGUUAAAAGCAGAAGGGAAUCGCCUGGAAUGUGGGAGUGAAUGUAUAUUUGGUGCGUGUUUUUGUUCAAGCAGAAAAUAACUUUGUAGCUUUCUUUCUUUAUUGGCCUGAAAUCCUUAUAGUCUGAAUAAAAAUAAAGAUUCAUAUUUAGUUUCAUAAUACUCAAUUGAGGUUUGUAUCCGAUUGUAAGACAUGAAUGCAAUUACUAAAAUAGAAAUAUCAAGUGAAUAUGGCCUAUUUGGCUAUGUAUGUAUAGUGUUGGAUUCUAUUUAGAUGUGGAUCAAGAAAA